ACUCUGGCAAGAAUCUAAGAAGGUUAAAAUUCGUAUAAACACAAUUCAGUUCCAAAGUGUCUUUCCUCGAACGCGGAUGGAUAUAAUACACGGUACACGCGUUUCGUAAUUCUUAGAAAUAAAAAUCAGAUACCUUUCCGCGUUAUAUAUUCAAAUAUCUUAGAUGCAACGUAUUCCUUUAUUUAUUCGUUAUAUUUUAACGGAAAACUGAAGUAGCUGAAUAAUGUGUUUGCUAGGAUAAGUUUCAAGAAAAUAAACCUUGGAAUAAGGCAAAAGGAGAAUCUUAGUGAUUUAAGUGAUAAUAUGUACUAGUACACAAGAGAAAAAUACCGAUCUCUCUGGCAAGGAUCUAAAAAGGUUAAAAUUCGUAUAAACACAAUUCAAAUAGUUCCAAAGUGUCUUUCAGUUGCGAAUAUGAGUCACAAUAACCAACGAAGAAGCGCAUUGUCAUUUAUCGAAGACGGUUCACUUGACGUUGAUCAUAUUUUAGAAUCGGAUCCAUGGAAAAAUAUUGAAAAGUUUGAAAGGAGCGAGGCCGCAUGUAUUGCAAAUGUGUUGAAAGAUUUCGACAACAUGAUUACACAACAGAAGACUCUUAAAGCUCAAACUAGUACGAAAAAAAGUCCGAGAUCCACGAAAAAAUCUCCAAUAAAUUCCCCAAUGAAUGCUUUGAAUUUACCUGGGUCUUCAUCAAGUACGAGUGGUAACGUCAUUGAGAUAGAAACAACAGAAAAUAUAAAGAAGAGAGCUUCAUCAAAAACACCUCGACAAAGAGGCAGUUCUAAGGCGGUCGAGGAAACAAAGUCAAAGGAUUCGACAAUAGAUUUAGCUUCAUCAACUCAAACUACGAAAAAAAAUUCGAGAUCUACGAAAAAAUCACAAAUAAAUUCCCCAAUAAAGGAUUUGACAACGGAUUUACCUGGGACUUCAUCAAGUACGAAUAGCAACGUCAUUAAGACAAAUGCUGCAAUAAAUAUACAUACCACGACAAUGAAAAAAGCUCCAUCAAAAAAACAACAAAAAAGUCCUUCUAAUUAUAAGACAAUCAAAGAAACGGCGUUACCUGAAAUUUCAUCAAGUACCAAUAACAACGUCAUUGAAACAGAAACGACAGUAAAUAAAAAGAAAAGAGCUUCCACAAAACUUCAACAAACUUCUAAAACAAUCGAGAAAAUGACUACGCAAGAACUAUCAUGCGAUAUUGAUAAUGUAAAAGAAGAAACCCAAAAAUUGCUAAAUACCAGUGCCGAUACCACAUUUAAACAGAUAACAAAACAAGGAAUUCUGCAUAAUAUAACAAAUAUUGUCGGAGAAAAUGUAUUAACCAGCACUCCUAAAAGUAAAAUAUCUAAAAUAAUAAGAAAGAGGGCAAAAAAAGCAGAAUCAAUGGCAGAAAAUCAAAAAUCAAAAACAAAAAAUUCUGAAAAUAAAUCAAAGGGAGAGUGCAAAAAAAGACAGAAAAUGUCAAAGAAGAAUACGAAAGAUGAGCAAAACAAUAACGUAAAUAUGAUUGGAGAAGAGAAAAAGACAAAUGAGAAAGUAAAAAAUAAUAAAAAAAAUCAAAAUUCGUCAAAAAAUAAAGUGAAAAAGCAAUGUUGUAUGAAAGUGGAUGUUUCUCUACCGCUUAACAACUUGGAAAAGAACCAUGAAGCAAAAAAAGUCGCUGUAGAAAUAAAUAUAGAGAAAAAUGAAUCUAAAAAAGGCAGCAAAAGAACUAACCAAUUGAAAAAGAACAAUUUAAAAAAAGAAAACUCUGAGAAUAAACUGCAAAACAGCGCUCACUCAAGUAAAUCCUGCAAGUCGCCGCGGGAAAAUAGUACAAAGAAUACAAAAUGUCAAUGCGAAAAAAGUUGCGCCAAACGUUGUGGUAAUCAGUGUUGUUGCAAAGCAAAAGAAGACGUCGGACAAAUGAAACAACAUAAAAAGAAUAUAAAAGCUGCGAAAGCUAUCGAAGGUCUUAGUCGACGUAUAGCAAACGUAAAGACAAAAAUGGAUUGCAUUAAAAACGAUUUAGAAAGCAACGAGUCUUACGAAUCAGACAGCAGUUACAGUGACUCAUCAAACUCGUCACUGUCGUCGUAUUCGACGCAUUCAUCUUCGUCUUAUCUUUCCGAUUCUAACUCAUCCUAUUCGUGCUCGAGUAACUGUAGUUGUUCAUAUUGCCUUAGCGAUGAUUCUUCUAACUCGACUGACUCUUCGUAUUAUAAUGAAACUAAUGAAAGCGACAGCCAACUUGAAACUGCAAGCGAAAAAGAAAAAUAGUCACGGUGAAAUGAGUUGAAAAUGAUAUUGGAAUAUUAGAAUAUUUAAUAAGAAUAAAACUUUAACUUUUUCUACAUGAUUUUAAUUUUGUGUUUUAUAAUUAAAUAAUAAUUGUGUUUUAUAAUUAAUAUAUUAUUUUAAAGAUUAUGUCGUUAUUUGACUAAUUGAUCGUAUCGUUAAAAAACUUCCGAGAGACAAAUUUUAUCUUGCAAAUUCAAUUAGAAAUAAAAUUAUAUAUACAUAUAUAAAUUCCUUAAUAAUAAUAAUCAAAAUAAGAAU